AUGGGAGUCGCUAACUCUAGGGACCACCAUCCGUACCACCCCUCACAGUCUCCCAUCAAGGUGGUGCUGAAAAGUGAGUAUGGAUGGAGAUGAACUAUGGAUUGUUGGAGUGUUGUAUAACUGUCUUAGUGAGCCUCAAGUUUCUAGAGCUGCAAUUGCCAGAAACACAACAGUGUUUAGUCUGUGUGUAGUUUGUCUUUCUACCACGUCAAGUUGAAGAGGUAAGAUGUGGUCAUUAGAUAUUAGUAACAACUUGUCAUCAGGUUGCAUCAGGUUGUAAAAUCUCUCAUAAGUUAUAGUAUGACCUGUGUUAAUAUAACCUACCUCUUUUCAUUAAUUUAGUUAACAGGGAAAAGGUAAGGGGACAAGGGAAGCUUAUAAAGGGAUAUGAGGAGAAGGAAGUGUGUAAUGUAAAUAAGGGGACUUAGACACAUUAUUAUGGGAAUAUACUGUAGUAUCAUGUAUCAAAUACUUAUAUAAUCGUGAAUCUUAACUCUAAAAUAACCUGCAGUUUACAAAGGAUUGUUAUGUUUCCCAGUGAUAUUUGACUGUUGAUGUGUUGUGCACCAUUUAAAUCUGGAGAACAUUAUUUGGAUGUAUAUGAAAAAGGAAUGCAUUGAUGCAAGGAGUUUUGUUUACUGGUGUUCAAGGGAGCCACAGUAUUACACUUUAGAAGUAACUGUGCUUUUGGCUGUGCGGUAAGUAGUAUCCCAUUCAUCAGAAGAGUUUUAACCUCCAGUUCCUGAUCCACCUCUCUAAUCUUCUUCCUGGAGAACAUUGGUAGACAGGCUGCAGUCCAGGUGGCUGCCCAGGGAUCAUUCUAUUAGCUCUGACCUCUCUCCUGUACUACUAUACCAGUGCCAUCACCCUCCACAGACCUGGUUCAUGUUUAUUAGGACGUGCAACCGAAAACAUUUUGCAAUGGAAAAUUAAAAUGAGUGUUUCUUAUUGGACAGGUCGAGCAGGUUGUCCCUCCGUUUCAGUUUUAUGGUGCCUAAUGAACAUGACCCUGGUUCAUGCGCGAAACAGGAGAAAACUUUUUGAAACAGAGUGAAACAGGGAGGUACUACCUGAACUUGUUCAAUAAGAAAUGUCAGUUUUCCAUUUCAAAACCUUUUGCUAUGGUGUGCCCUACUGAACACGACCCUGGUUCAUGAACCCUGGGAUAGGAGAGGGGAGUUAAGGUCGCGACUUUGGGGAGCAGCGUAAGCUGAGGGAGUGUGGGGAUGAGUAGGACUAGGUUGUAUUUUGGACUAUGGCCUUAUAUCAGUGUUUCUUAAUCUUGGUCCUAUGGACCCAAAGCGGUGUACAUUUUAGUUUUUGCCCUAGCACUACACACCUGAUUCCACUAAUCAAAGUUUUUAUGAUGAGUUGACUAGUGGAAUCAGGUGUGUGUAGUGCUAGGGCAAAAACUAAAAUGUGCAUCAAUUUGGGACCAGAAUUAAGAAACACUGCCUUAUAUAUUAAGAGGCCUCUAAUCUAAACUAUUAUGCUACUGUGUCUUAAAUUGGCACUAGGCCACCGCAAGGUCAUGUUCAUUAGUUCACGAAACAAAACAUGUUUUAAAACAUUUUGCAAUGGCGAAUGAAAGCCGUUUCUUAUUGUCCAGGUAGUCUCUCCCUGUUUGGUGCCUAAUGAACACAACCCUUGGCUUCCUCACACUGGACAAUGCUUUGUCAGACGUUUUUGAGACAUUGUAAUGCCUAUUAUAUUAUUCUAGGGGCAGAUCUGCACUUUGUUUAAUGUUUUGCAGUCCCUGAUGCACACUGAAACACAUUCACUACAUCCUGUUAUGACAUCUUAACAUUUUAAAGCUGUGUUAUUGGGCGAUUCUGUGGUAAAUUUAACCUGAGCAUGCAAAAUAAAGUUAGUAAUUUUCAAACUAAACCACUUUCAUAAUUAUCCUUAGGUUCUAAAUGUUGGAGUUCAAGUUUUAUUUGACCAGUUAAAAUAGAAAAUUGCAUGAAUUUUGGCCAUUACAGAGUAGGAGGCCAAGUCUUAAAUAAGUAUUUUCAGUCAAUCAUAUUUCAUGGCUUUUCGAAAGUGCUCACAUCUUGUUUUUCCACUCACAGCUGUCCACCAGUGUUUGUUAUGAAAUUGAGAUGUUAAUGAAGUAAUACAGACUGAAUUGGAGUGUCUUUGGUUGUAUUUCCUAGUUCUACAGUUUUGUGAAGAUAGGGGGGUGAUUGAGACAGGCAAUGUGACAUCCAUAAUGUUUUUAGGAUACGUUUUUGUAAAGCAUGCCCCUUACAUCGGAUCAUCUUGACACUUUCUCUGCAAAGCUAACUUUCAUCAAGGUUUUAUAUGGUCUAUAAUUGGUUUCUGCCUUUUUAUUGUCAUUAUCUGUUUUCAGCUUUAUGAUAUCCAUAACAUCCAUAAUGGGCUACAUAUAGAGGGGCGCUGUUUUGCUCGCUUGGAUGCUUUCUCCGGAGAUAAAGUUUCAACAGAGAGGAAGAGGCGAAGCGAAAGGGCACACUCUUGGAAAAUCUGUCCAUUAUAAGCCCAAUGCGUUUCUAUGGAAAUAAUAUGCAGACCUAAGCUUCACGCCUGCCUUCCCGCCUUUGGGACAAAGACUCACAUUGUUAGGGCGGAGACAUGAACAUCUCGUCAUUAUAUACAGAUCUCUGGUUUCAGCCUGUUGCGAAUUGGAAAGGAAAGUUUGUAGGUGAUAGUGCACUGUUAGGAUGCUGGAUUGCCCUAAAGUAAAUUGAUGUUUCGCCUAAAUUAUAUAAUUACUCCUGUCUAAAUAAAAUCUUUCAAAAUACUUAACCAGAGAGCAUGACUUAGCCACAGAGGAUCAUUAGCUUUAAAAAUUUUUUUGCUGUGGAUUGUUUCAAAACACUAGUGUGUUUGGGUAGGCCGCAAUGUGGGUAGUGCUUGUGACAAUAGGUCUAGCUGAUUGAGUUGCGGCUGUCAGUGAAAGGCGUCUAAAAUAUGUGUGAAGAUAAUGUGUCGAGAGUAUAAUUUAAAAUGCCGCAUCAAGAAAAAGCGGAGGGGGGUGUGGCGAAGAUAUGGUGCGUCUCUCGAGAAUGCAUGCAUAUGUAGGAAAGUGCCCAUUUGGCAGUGUCUUAUGUCUUAACUCACCACUAAUUUUUUCUUUGCCUCACACCAGUCAACAAAGUCUGUUUUACUAACAUCCAUGCGAAUGAUAGUUCCUCAGUAUUUUAAAAAAUCUUUCCAACGCUCCCGGCCUCGAUAAUCACCAAGCCUCGGAGUGAAAGAUCAAAAUAUCAUGAUUUGAUGAUCUCAUAUAUCCUAUCCAGUAGAAACAUAAUAAAAAACUGCUUCUGUUCUAAGCUUACUGGCGCAGGAAACUUAGAGGGCCCGGAAUAGGCUUGUUGAUAAAAUGUUACAAGUUCGUUAGCGACAGCUUCCGGCCAGACCCUGUGAUAAAUUGAUACAAUGUUAAACUUAACUAGCAAUAGCUCAAGUCAAGACAAAUAGAAAGGGAGGCCGACUGGCGGAGUAGAGAGAUGAAUGUGAUUGAAAGAACUGGAGUUUUCAUCAGGAUAUUUUCUACUGUUUUUAUUUGUCGGCUUUAAGCCUAUGAAUUUUACUUAGUUGAUGAUGGAACUUAUAGGCCUACUGCUGCAUUGGCCUAUAGGCUAUCUCUGAGUUCUAUGCUCUCAUUUAUUUGUCAAGAACAGCUCAAAUAAUGAAAUGACAGUCCAUCAUUACUUUAAUAUUUUUGGUUCCAACCGCUGUGUCUUUGUGAGGCGCGGUGUGGGUGAACGGAUGAUCUCCGCAUGUGUAGUUCCCACCGUAAAGCAUGGAGGAGGAGGUGUUAUGGUGUGGGGGUGCUUUGCUGGUGACACUGUCAAGGAUUUAUUUAGAAUUCAAGGCACAGUUAACCAGCAUGGCUACCAAAGCAUUCUGCAGCGAUACGCCAUCCCAUCUGGUUUGGGCUUAGUGGGACUAUCAUUUGUUUUUCAACAGGACAAUGACCCAACACACCUCCAGGCUGUGUAAGGGCUAUUUUACCAAGAAGGAGAGUGAUGGGGUGCUGCAUCAGAUGACCUGGCCUCCACAAUCCCCUGACCUCAACCCAAUCGAGAUGGUUUGGGAUGAGUCGGAGGCAGAGUGAAGGAAAAGCAGCCAACAAGUGCUCAGCAUAUGUGGGAACUCCUUCAAGACUAUUGGAAAAGCAUUCCAGGUGAAGCUGGUUGAGAGAAUGUCAAGAGUGUGCAAUGCUGUCAUCAAGGCAAAGGGUGGCUACUUUGAAGAAUCUCAAAUAUAAAAUAUAUUUUGAUUUGUUUAACACUUUUUUGGUUACUACAUGAUUCCAUAUGUGUUAUUUCAUAGUUUUGAUGUCUUCACUAUUAUUAUAUAAUGUAGAAAAUAGUACAAAUAAAGAAAAACCCUGGAAUGAGUAGGUGUUCUAAAACCUUUGACUGGUACUGUAUAUACAAUUUUUGGUUUGUUGUUGUUGCAUGUUUUGCAUGUUAUAUUACUUCAUGUCACAUAUCAGUUUGCAAACAAUAAAAAAAUAUAUCAUUGAGUUAAUAAAGCCGCAUACAAACAUGGUCUGUUUUUUGCUUUCUUGAGUAAUGCAGCUCCAAAAUGCAGGUGUUUCAGCCUAGCCCAGUGCUUUCUGUGGUGGUGGGGAAGCCAGCGGAAAAUACAGAGCGUAGGGGUUGGUAAUGUUCUCUAGUUGCGCCGUGAUUGGCUCAGUGUUCUGUCACUCAUGGGGACACUACAUCACCGCUUUAUGUAGCCCAUAAUAGUUUGUGGGCACUGUUUGUCACCGUUAUAGUGCAAUUGAUUUAUUGUUUAGUGUUGUGUUGUGACUUUGCUGGCAUGCAUCUAAAACAUUUUUGGGGGGUUUGCGCCACCAAUAUACUGUGGGGAGAACAAGUAUUUGAUACACUGCAGGGUUUCCUACUUAUAAAGCAUGUAGAGGUCUGCAAUUUUUAAUCAUAGGUACACUUCAACUGUGAGAGACGGAAUCUAAAACAAAAAUCCAGAAAAUCACAUUGUAUGAUUUUUAAGUAAUUAAUUUGCAUUUUAUUGCAUGACAUAAGUAUUUGAUACAUCAGAAAAGCAGAACUUAAUAUUUGGUACAGAAACCUUUGUUUGCAAUUACAGAGAUCAUACGUUUCCUGUAGGUCUUGACCAGGUUUGCACACACUGCAGCAGGGAUUUUAGCCCACUCCUCCAUACAGACCUUCUCCAGAUCCUUCAGGUUUCGGGGCUGUCGCUGGGCAAUACGGACUUUCAGCUCCCUCCAAAGAUUUUCUAUUGGGUUCAGGUCUGGAGACUGGCUAUGCCACUCCAAGACCUUGAGAUGCUUCUUACGGAGCCACUCCUUAAUUGCCCUGGCUGUGUGUUUCGGGUCGUUGUCAUGCUGGAAGACCCAGCCACGACCCAUCUUCAAUGCUCUUACUGAGGGAAGGAGGUUGUUGGCCAAGAUCUCGCGAUACAUGGCCCCAUCCAUCCUCCCUUAAUACGGUGCAGUCGUCCUGUCCUCUUUGCAGAAAAGCAUCCCCAAAGAAUGAUGUUUCCACCUCCAUGCUUCACCUUUGGGAUGGUGUUCUUGGGGUUGUACUCAUCCUUCUUCUUCCUCCAAACACGGCGAGUGGAGUUUAGACCAAAAAUCUCUAUUUUUGUCUCAUCAGAUCAUUGACCAGGUCCUGCCGUGUAGUUCUGGGCUGAUCCCUCACCUUCCUCAUGAUCAUUGAUGCCCCACGAGGUGAGAUCUUGCAUGAAGCCCCAGACCGAGAGUGAUUGACCAUCAUCUUGAACUUCUUCCAUUUUCUAAUAAUUGCGCCAACAGUUGUUGCCUUCUCCCCAAGCUGUUUGCCUAUUGUCCUGUAGCCCAUCCCAGCCUUGUGCAGGUCUACAAUUUUAUCCCUGAUGUCCUUACACAGCUCUCUGGUCUUGGCCAUUGUGGAGAGGUUAGAGUCUGUUUGAUUGAGUGUGUGGACAUGUGUCUUUUAUACAGGUAACGAGUUCAAACAGGUGCAGUUAAUACAGGUAAUGAGUGGCGAACAGGAGGGCUUCUUAAAGAAAAACUAACAGGUCUCUGAGAGCCGGAAUUCUUACUGGUUGGUAGGUGAUCAAAUACUUAUGUCAUGCAAUAAAAUGCAAACUAAUUACUUAAAAAUCAUACAAUUUGAUUUUCUGGAUUUUUGUUUUAGUUUCCGUCUCUCACAGUUGAAGUGUACCUAUUUAAAUAAAUUACAGACCUCUACAUGCUUUGUAAGUAGGAAAUCCUGCAAAAUCGGCAGUGUAUCAAAUACUUGUUCUCCCCACUGCAUACAUGCUAAAAUGUUUGUGUCUCCAUUCAACUGGUAAAGAAACAUUUUGAUAUGGCCUAAGCCUAUGCAGUAUACUAUUUAGGCUACUUUUAAUGAUGUAGUCAGUCCUAAGGCACUAUGCUUUCUGCUGACAUUUUAGAAAUGUUCCAGAUGAUGACAUAUUUUGAUCAAGAUUAAGAUUUGAACGUCUAUUUCAGACUGUAACAACCAUAACGAAGUAGCUAUGCAUGUUUUGACCUAAGACUUACAAACUCAGACUUUUGCUAAUAUUUUCAGUCUCCCCAAAAUGCUUGCCAAUUUCAUGUAACAUCUUGCCAAUUUUUUGAAGUCCGCUUUUUGGGUUAAAUAUAACAUCCAUAACGCUGAAUGUAACAUCCAUAACGCUGGAAUCGCCCUAUUGGAACUCUUGCGUGUCUUGCAAUGUGACUGUAGGAUUUCAUAAAUCAUGGUGUGUAUCUGCGGCUUUAGACUGUAUCUAGCAAUGAAUUCCGACCUCCUGCUCCUCUCCUCUUAAAAAUGGGCAUGGACAAUAACAUGCAGUAUUUGGACACUGAGGAGGUGGAUCCAUGGUUCAGUUGGUCUGAUGUGCUUUGUGUACAGGCAUAUGGUCAGAUAAGGCUUGUUUUAGCACUUAAGGGCAAUUCCACGGGAACGGAAUUGCGCUUACUCCGAUUUUUCACUUAAAAUGUAUGCAUUAACAAAACAAUUGAUUUCAAAGUUUUACAUACCAUACAGCUUUAUGCACAAGGACUACUUUUAACAAUUGACACUGAACAUUUUACGAAAACACAUUUACUGGAAGAAUGUGCCGAUGCAAAGUUUGGUAACAGAAUUUCUGUAAAAUCUCCCUCUGUUUUUUAUGCGACCAUGUUUUCCAAAAAACCGUUAAAUAUCUGCUCAGAAUUAAGAUUCAAAGAUGUCUGCAGAAAGAAUGGGGUGCCAACUAUGACAUGACACCUUGAGUUUGAAAAAAUAUAUUUUUGUUAUUGAUCUACAGUAAGUGAACUGUCGUUCUCUUCAUGGGGAUGUAUCCUAAAUAGGUAUGCAAAAGUAUAAAUAUGCAAUAUCCUCCUUUGCAUAUUUGGGUAUUAUUCUACAAACAAAGCUAUUAUUUUAAUGAGCUCCGCCACCAAACAAGACCAAAUAUGGUUGGUCUGGACCAGACCAAAUCUGAACCAAUCAUAGACGUCUAAGUUUGAGAAAGAGAGAGCUUGUCCAGACAUCACACCUUUGCUUUGACCACAAGAUGACCACCAGCUGAACAUAACAAUAUGCCAGUGGAAGAGAGGACAGUAGUGAAAAUUCCAUUACAACACUGUAACAAAUUGAUAGGUCUACCUUUACUUGUUACUUCUGUGAACUUUCAUUAUCCUCCCUCAUGAGGGAGAGAAAUUAGAAAAAUCUUAAAGAUUAAAGAUAUGUGAGAUAUGUCUCCAAAAUAUAGACUCUUAGAUACGCUCCUAUGAACUUCACAUGUUGGUGCUCAUGGAUCCUUUUACAUGGAAAUGACCUUAAUAGGGUUCACCUAUAGUGUUAUUCUUAUGCCAAGGAUGAGAGAAUUAGUUGGUCAGAAUCAACUAGGGCUAAGAAUUUCUUAUCAAAGGAUGAUAAAUAUCAGUCAAUCAAUCAAUGAACCAAACAGUCAAUUAAUUGGCCAAGACAUACAGCAUCGUUGCAUUUGGCUACCUCUCUCUCUGUUCAGUAGCCUAAACCCACCACAGGAGCAGUGAGGAUUAGUGCUCAUAACAGGCUAACACUUAGCAGCUAACAUGCUAGCAUGCAACCCUGUGUUUGUCUGACAAUGACAUUGCGCAACCCCCUGCAGCUGCUAUCAUGGGCUUAUGCUCACACAUGUCAAGCCUCUGUGUGCGUGUGUGCAGUGGCGGCUCCUGAAAAAAUUCUCAGGAGGGGCAAUUUUUCUGAUGAUUUAGGUGACCUACACACAUUUUAAAAAAGAUAUGUCCAGCAACAACAUGAAGACAGGGGCAGCAUAUAAGUCAAUACCAGAAGCAUUUAUUGACUGAUCUGGGGAGAUGGAUUCCAGUUUCUGUGACAGAUUAUAAAUAAUCUCUGAUGCCUUUGUUAUAUUAGCUUUUGGUUGAAUGUACUGUCGUAGUAAAUAUAUAAUGUUAUAGCUUGGUCUGACUAAAAUCUUGUGCAUGACCCAUUUUGUGUUGGGCGUUUGUUUUCAAUCAAUGCUGUUCCUAUCCUAUAACAAUGGACAAAAGAGUCCUAUCUUGUCAGCCUUGUCAGCAGGUGGCCAAGGACAACACCCACGCCAUAGGUCUCUCAGUUCUUCCAACUCACGAGUUCUUGCUCUGAGGACACACACACACACACACACACACACACAUCAUCACUGAUAACACACACACACACACACAUCAUUACUGUUAAACACACACACACACACACACAAAAAUCCCCUCUCUUUAGGCUGAACAUUUGAAGACAGAGAACCCGACUCAGAGCCAAUGCAACAGUGGAGGGGACCUCGCCCAACUCAUCAGGACCAAUCAGAAGAUCAGAACUACUAGAUUCAACCUACAUCAUUUAUUGUAUAAAAUGUCUGCACAAUGUUUUCGGGGCUCUCUUCAGAUAGCUCCCUAAGAGUUUGACGAACGAGUCCGUGCACGCGAUUCCAGAUAUCUUUACCUCUGAAUAAACUGCCUUUAUUAUACCAUAUCCACCCUGUCCAAAGUCUCUACUUGGUCUCAGUUCUCCAGUAAACUUGUGAUUAUCAACAGUACACAACGGUAACAAACAAUUGGGGGAACUCACGGGGCAGAUAGUAAGGUCGCAGUGACACAGAAAGCAGUUCAAUGUCGGGGGUACAGAGUCGCUCUCUUACCAGGAUCGAUCUGUGACUGUCAGAUCGCGGUCCGCUCUGACCAGGGUGAAGCCGGCCGGCUCCACUUCUCCGGGACUCUGUCAUCCAGCCAAGUCUCCCAGCUGUAUUGGAUUCCGCUGCCAGCAGCGUUUUCAUUAUUUAGUCCGUUCGUAGCGGGUAUGUACACGAUCAACAAGAUCAGUCCAAAACCCACCACUGGAAAUCCAUGGUUGGCAGAAUGUUUGUAAACUAAGUGUACAAAUUAAAAACAUAAAAUAACGCCACUAAGUGUACAAAUUAAAAACAUAAGAUAACGCCACACUGCAGGUCGCAACAGAGACGCUGCUAGCCGCUAUUUGCUUAGUUACGUUCAUGGUUACGUCACGUAUGACGAAAGCGCGUAAGUGCAAGCCCACAGACACCCAUAGAGAUUGUAUUGAAAGCUUUGAAAUUUGAAAAAAAUAGAUUUUACAUGACAGGCUAUGAGAGACUUCUGGGCGAUUUUCAACCUGACUGAAAUCGCCCCAAAAACGGGCGGGGCCAUUUGAAGCACGACUUUAGCCUGAUUUGACAUUUAGUGGCAGUCAGAUCAGAUUACAACACUGAUAACUACUGUUGCCGUGAUAUAAUUGAUUAGAAAAAAAAUCCCUUCCUUUUCCCGUUUGGCAGUGCGUCGCCCAUAUCGCCCUAUUGAACAGGCCGUCCCUGCGUGUGUGUAUGUGUGUUUUGUUUGUGUAAGCUUAGCUACAUGCACAGUGAUUUAUUUAUUUGAAAGCCACUUGAGUCAGUAGGUUGUAGUUGACAGCUGUGUACAUUGGGGGUAAACGAGUAUCUAUCUAAUGGGUUGGUUCUAUCUUUGUUGGUUCAUGAUCUAAGAAAUAGGGAUUUGUUUAAUCAAUUAAGGAGUUGUUUCAGAAUGUAGUUAUUAUCAGAAAUGUGAGGUCCAUUGAGUAUAUUGCAGUCACCUGGCAGUCUCCACUCAACACUCAUCUCUCAGAGCAAUGCAUUGUGGGGUAGCAGACACUACAUCCUGUUAUGUGGCACCCGAUUACUGCGGUAAUCCACUGGACUGUUGUCCAUGUGUGUGUGUGUGUGUGUGUGUGUGUGUGUGUGUGUAUGUGUGUGACUGUGGGUAAUACACUGCACUAUAAAUAACCACUUUGAUUUCUAUCGCUCUCUCUCUCUUGUUCUGUCUCUCUCUUUCUCUCUCUCGCUCUCUCCCGCUCUCUCCCGCUCUCUCUCUCAAAGUUCCCUUAAUUUGUUUCCAGCACUAUGACUACCAGCAGGCAGCAGAGUAUUAUACUGAGUCUCUUUGCAGAAAGAUUCUUACAGACGGGUACACACAAACACACCGCUCCUUGAGAUGUGCUUCAGCAGUAUCAAGUCAAGCCCCAGAUAUCUCUAAACCUUAGAUAUGAGCUAACACGGCAAUACCAGUAGAGAUUCACUCAGAAUAUCUGGUUAUCUCAGAGGCAGACAUUGACAGAGUGCCUAGAGAACUAUUCCUGCUUGCAUGUGGAGGUCUAUGACUAUUCACUUAUUUACCUUGUUGGAUUCGUACGAUUCUGCUUUGGUUGGUUCUGUUAACCCUACAUGUUUUCUCACUUCUCACUCUGUUCAGCAAUUGAUGGCAUGAGUCUAAGACAUGGCGACCUAAGAAGAGACUGUGAAUGUCUCCACUUCUGCAUAUACAGUGAGCUCCAUAAUUCAUUGGACAGUGACCAUUUUUUUGUUAUUUUGGUUCUGUAUUCUAGCACUUUGAGUUUGAAAGAAUACAAUGACAAUGAGGGUGGAGUGUAGACUGUCAGCUUUAAUUUGAGGGUAUUUUCAUACAUAUCGGAUGAACCGUUUAGAAAUUAUAGAAGCUUUUGUACAUGGUCCCCCCCAUUUUCGGGCAUCAAAAAACAUUGGACAGUUUAACAUAAUGUAGAAUAAAGUAAUCAUUGUUAAUAUUUGGUCGCAUAUCCUUUGCAUGCAAUGACUGCUUGAAGUCUGCGAUGCAUUGACAUCACCAGAUGCUGAGUAUCUUCCCUGGUGAUGCUCUGCCAGGCCUGUAGUGCAGCCAUCUUCAGUUCCUGCUUAUUUUGGGGACUUAUUGCCUUCAGUCUCCUCUUCAGCAUGUAAAAUGCAUGUUCAAUUGGAUUCAGAUCCGGUGAUUGACUCGGCCAGACAAGGAUUUUCCACUUUUUGGCCAUCAAAAACCCCUUUGUUGCUCUAGCAGUAUGUUUAGGGUCAUUGUCUUGUUGCAUGAUGAAGUGCCGUCCAAUGAGUUUGGAGGCAUUUGGUUUUAUCUGAGCAGAUAAAAUAUUUCUGUAGACUUUCAUUCAUUGUUCUACUUCUGUCUGCAGUCACAUCAUCGAUAAAGACAAGUGAGCCUGUUCCACUGGCAGCCAUACAGGCCCAAGCCAUAACACCCCCUCCACGGAUGAGGUGGUAUGCUUUGGAUCAUGGGAAUUUCUUUUUUUUCUCCACACUUUCCUCUUUCCAUCCCUCUGGUACAUGUCAAUCUUUGUCUCAUCUGUCCACGAUACUUUUUUCCAGAACUCUUGGGGCUCUUUUAGGUGCUUUUUAGCAAACUGUAAUCUCGCCUUUCUGUUCUUCAGACUUAUCAGUGGUUUGCAUCUUGUAGUGUACCCUCUGUAGUCCUGCUGGUGUAGUCUUCUACGUAUGGUAGACUUUGACACAUCUACACCUGCAUCCAGGAGAGUGUUUUUGAUCUGUUGGGCUGUUGUCAGGGGGGUUUUCUUCACCAUAGAGAGUAUUCUCACCGGUCAUCCACUACAGUGGUCUUCCUCAGUCUACCGGGUCUUUUGACAUAAUUGAGUUCACCGGUUGUUUUUUUCUUGUUAAUGAUGAACCAAACUGUUGACUUGGGCAUGGCCAGGGUUUUUGCAAUGUUCCUGAUUGAUUGAUUUUCAUUUCUGAGCCUUAUGACGGCCAGCUUCAUUUGCAUCGACACUGCUGUCUUCCUCAUGUUGUCACACCCCAACAACAACCUCCAAAGGCAAUAGCAAAGUCUAGAAUCAAUACUAUUCAUCAACAGCUCUCCUGCAUUCACUAACGACACAAAUUAAUACACCUGCCUAAUGACACACAUCUGUGAAGCCAAUUUAACAAAUACUUGUAGUACCUUAAAAUGGGGGACCAUGUACCAAAGGUGCUGUCAUUUCUAAACGAUUCAUCCGAUAUGUAUGAAAAUACCCUCAAAUUAAAGCUGACAGUCUGCACUUCACCCUCAUUGUCAUUGUAUCCUUUCAAACUCAAGUACAGAACUAAAAUAACAAAAAAAUGGUUACUGUCCAAUGAAUUAUGGAGCUCACUGUAGAAAUGCCCCCUAAUAAACCAUUAAACAAUGGCUAGUUCUGGCAUUUGGAAAUGAAAUCUUUGCACCUGUUUUGAUAUAAUGCCAUAGACAAUGCCAUAGACGGAAUGAUAGCUAGCAAGCCACACUCUGUAAUGAGUGCUGUGACAUGACAUUCAGAGGAAUGGCAGUGUACAUGCACAUCAAAACACUGAGUAAAAUAUCCUAACCUUCGGGAACCAAACUGAUGUAUUUCAUUAUCUUUAUGUCCCUUCAGGACGCAACGAGCCCCUGAAGAAGGAGCGUCCUAAAUGGAAGAAUGAGUACCCUAUGACGGAGGGCCAGCUGAGGAGUAAGAGGGAUGAGUUUUGGGAAACAGCCCCAGCCUUCGAUGGCAGGAAGGAGAUUUGGGACGCGCUCCGAGCGGCAGCAGUGGCCGCAGAGCUCAACGACGUGGAACUGGCUCAGGCCAUAGUGGACGGAGCCUGCAUCACACUACCACACGGUUAGAUCCACGCAUGCACACACGAGCUCAUACGUUCCGUCCAAUGAUUAAUAUAUACACUAGACUGACAGGGGGCGCUGUUUUCAAGCCACUGCUCCUCCAUCUUGGCACUUCCCCACCACUGUAAAUAAUAUUUUGGAAACUAUAGAAAUUGAUUUAUUAAUGUCUACAUUUGCUUUUGCCACAUCUAUUCUAUUACAGAUACCUUAAUGCCUACUUUUACAUGAUAUUAUGUGAGCUAAACAUAUAGAAACAUUUUCUUUAAAGCAUAAUUCUUUAGAAAGUUCUUGUUACUGCCCCCACUACACAGUGGCAUAUAUUCAUAGAUGAGCUGCAGGACAGGAAAGAGACUGCUCAGGGAUAUUACCAUGAGGCCAUUGGGGAUUUUAAAUUUUAAAACAGCUUCAGUGUUCAAUGGCUGUGAGAAAACUGAGGAUGGAUCGACAACAUUGACAUUGACUAUCUCUUUAAGCAUGGUCAAGUUAAUGACCAUGCUUAAUGACCAUCAACAAUAAUGACGUAAAUGUCAGAGUGAAAAGAAGAAUAUAAAUACACCGAAUAAAUAUUCCAAAACAUGCAUCUUGUAUGCGACAAGGCACUAAAGUAAUACUGCAAAAAAACACAGCAAAGGAACACACCUUUUGGCCUAAAUGCAAAGCCUUACAGUGCCUUCAGAAAGUAUUCACACCCCUUUACUUUUUCAGCCUGAAUUUAAAAUUGAUUAAAUUGAGAUUUGGUGUCACUGAUCUACACACAAUACCUCAUAAUGUCAAAGUAGAAUUUUGUUUGUAGAACAUUUUAGAAAUUAAUAAAAAAUGUAAAGCUGAAAUGUCUUCAGUCAAUAAGUAUUCAACCCCUUUGUUAUGGCAAGCCUAAAUAGUUCAGAAGUAAAAAUGUGCUUAACAAAUUGCAUAAUAAGUUGCAUGGACUCAUUCCGUGUUCAAUAAUAGAGGUUAACUUGAUUUUUGAAUGACUACCCCAACUCUGUAUCCUACACAUACAAUUAUCUGUAAGAUCCCUCAAUCGAGUAGUGGAUUUCAAGACCAAAGAGUUUUAUCAAUGCCUUGCAAAGAAGGGCACCGAUGUGUAAAAAUUAAAAAAAGCAGCCGCUGAAUAUCCCUUUAAGCAUGACAAUGUUAUUGCAAUUUUGGAUGUUGUAUCAAUACACCCAGUCACCACAAAGAUACAGGCGUCCUUCCUAACUGAGUUGCUGGAGAGGAAGGAAACUGCUCAGGGAUUUCACCACGAGGUCAAUGGUGAUUUUUUAAAACAGUUACAGAGUUUAAUUGUUGUGAUAUGAGAAACUUGAGGAUGGAUCAACAACAUUGUAGUUACUCCACAAUACUAACUUAAAUGAAAGAGUGAAAAGAAGGAAGCCUGUACAGAAUACAAAUAUUCAAAAACAUGCAUCCUGUUUGCAACAAGGCAUGUAAGUAAUACUGCAAAAAAAUUGUCUAAGAAAUGAACUUUUUGUCCUGAAUACAAAUUGUUAUGUUUGGGGCAAAUCCAACACAACACAUCACUAAGUACCACUCUUUUCAAGCAUGGUGGUGGCUGCAUCAUGUUAUGGGUAUGCUUGUCAUCGGCAAGGACUAGGGAGUUUUUUAGGAUAAAAAGAAACAGAAUAGAGCUAAGCACAGACAAAAUCCUAGAGGAAAACCUGGUUCAGUCUGCUUUCCAAAAGACACUGGGAGACAAAUUCACCUUUCAGCAGGACAAUAACCUAAAGCACAAGGCCAAAUCUACACUGGAGUUGCUUACCAAGAUGACAUUGAAUGUUCCUGAGUGGCCUAGUUACAGUUUUGACUUAAAUCAGCCUGAAAAUCUAUGGCAAGUCUUGAAAAUGGCUGUCUAGAAAUGAUCAACAAUCAACUUGACAGAGCUUGAAGAAGUUUAAAAAGAAUAAUGGGCAAAUAUUGUACAAUCCAGGUGUGCAAAGCUCUUAGAGACUUAUCCAAAAAGAAACAGCUGUAAUCGGCACCAUAGUGCUUCUACAAAGUAUUGACUCAGGGGUGUGAAUACUUAUGUAAAUUAGAUAUUUCUGUAUUUCAUUUACAAAACACUUUGUCAUCAUGGGGUAUUGUGUGUAAAUGGGUGAGAGAAAAAUAUAUUUCAUCCAUUUUGCAAGCUCUUCCUAUCCUCCUGCCCAUCCCAUUACUUUUUCACGCCAAUACGCAUGCUCAUUUAUUAUUUGAGUGCAAUGAAAAUGAAUAGGACAUAUUGACACAUGAAAAGCAGCGAAGCUCUCUGCCUGCCUUUCAGCGUCUGUUAGCUGUCAUGUCAAUGCCUUGCAUUGCAUUGAGUUUGGAGGGUGGGAGAAAGGCACACAGCGAGGCUGCCUUUCCCCUGGCCUCCUUGCGCAUUUUGUACCAGAUCACCGCACUGGAGUGCCAAUAUGGCCGACCGGUGGCUUCAAAGCCUCUCAUUGGCCAAUACAUAGCAUCAGCAAUUCAGGGUUUAUAUACAACAUUGGUUUCAUACCAAUAACUAACUUGUAACGUUUAACUAAUAUAACAUUUGGCACCAACCUGACGGCCAUUAUAAUGCUAUAUAUUAACCUAUGCCUAAACCCAAAUCGACCCCAAACUCCCUAUAUGCACUUGGAUUGGUAUCAAUAAAGUAACAGCUCCACCAUGUCUUCUUAUAGCCUGGGUGAUGAAGCCUGAUGGAACCAGCCUGAAUGACAUGACAUAUGGCUUACCCAUAGAAAUAGAAAGUACAUAUUUUUUUAUAUAUUUCAAUGUGGCAUUCUGCUUCACUUAACACUGCGAUCAGGCUGGUUUUCACCAGGCUAUGGGUGUCUCUGUGGUUGUCAGAUUACAUUUUAGUAAUUUAGCAGACGCUCUUAUCCAGAGUGACUUACAGUUAGUGCAUUCAUCUUAAGAUAUUUAGGUGGGACAACCACAUAUCACAGGCAUAGAAAGUAAAUUUUUCCUCAAUAACGUAGCUGUCAGUAGAGUCAGAGCUAGAAGGGGGGGGGGGGUCAAGUGCAAGUGCUGGUUUUUUUUUAUUGGUGGGUGGGGUCGAGGUGAGGAGGAGGAUUAUUUAAGAUACUGUUUGAAGGUAGGGUUUCAGAUGUUUUCGGAAGAUGGGCAGGGACUCUGCUGUCCUAGCUUCAGGGGGAAGCUUGGGGUGCCAGGACAGAGAAGAGCUUGGACUGAGUGGGAGCUGCCCUCCCGUAGGGGUGGGAGGGCCAAGAGACCUGAAGUGGCAGAACGGAGUGCUCGGGUUGGAGUGUAGGGUUUGAGCAUAGCCUGAAGGUAGGGAGGGGCAGUUCCUCUUGCUGUUCCGUAGGUAAGCACCAUGGUCUUGUAGUGGAUGCGAGCUUCAACUGGAAGCCAGUGGAGUGUGCGGAGGAGCGGGGUGACAGAGAACUUGGGAAGGUUGAAAACUAGGCCGGCUGCAGCGUUCUGGAUAAGUUGCAGGGGUUUGAUGGCACAAGCUGGGAGCCCAACCAACAGCAAGUUGCAGUAGUCCAGACGGGAGAGGACAUGUGCCAGGAUUAGGACCUGCACAGCUUGCUGUGUGAGGUAGGGUCGUACUCUACGGAUGUUGUAGAGCAUGAACUAACCGGUGCCCCCGCACAUUGACUUGGUACCGGUACACCCUGUAUAUAGCCUUGCUAUUGUUAUUUUACUGCUUCUCUUUAAUUAUUUGUUACUUUAUUAUUAUUUUUAUUUUUUUAGUUAUUCUUUCUUAAAACUGCAUUGUUGGUUAAGGGCUUGUAAGUAAGCAUUUCACUGUAAGGUCUACACCUGUUGUAUUCGGCGCAUUUGAACCUGCAGGAGCGGGUCACUGCUUUGAUGUUUGCAGAGAAUGACAGGGUGUUGUCCAGGGUCACGCCAAGGUUCUUUGCAGUCUGGGAGGGCGACACUGUGAAGUUGUCAACCGUGAUGGAGAGGUCUUUGAGCAGGCAGGCCUUCCCCGGGAGGAAGAGCAGUUCCGUCUUGUCGAGAUUGAGCUUGAGGUGGUGGGCCGACAUCCAAGUUGAGAUAUCUGCCAGGCACGCAGAGAUGUGUGUCGCCACCUGCAUGUCAGAAGGGGGGAAGGAGAAAAGUAGUUGAGUGUUAUCCGCAUAGCAAUGAUAGGAGAGACCAUGUGAGGAUAUGAUGGAGCCGAGUGCACUUGGUGUAUAGAGAGAAGAGGAGAGGGCCUAGAACUGAGCCCUGGGGGACCCCAGUAAUGAGUGUACGUGGUGCAGACACAGAUCAUCUCCACAUCACCUGGUAGGAGUGACCUGCCAGGUAGGAUGCAAUCCAAGAGUGUGCAUAGCCUUAGACGCCCAGCCCUGAGAGGGUGGAGAAGAGGAUCUGAUGGUUCACGGUGUCAAAGGCAGCGGAUAGAUCUAGGAGGAUGAGAACAGAGGAGAGAGAGUCAAAUUUGGCAGUGGGGAGAGCCUCUGUAACACAGAGAAGAGCAGUCUCGGUUGAAGCCUGACUGGUUAGGGUCAAGAAGAUCAUUCUGAGAGAGAUAACAAGACAGUUGAUCAGAGACAGCACACUCAAGUGUUUUGGAAAGAAAAGAAAGAAGGGAUACAGGUCUAUAGUUUUUGACGUCAGAGGAGUCAAGUGUUUGUUUCUUGAGGAGGGGAGCAACUCGGGCCAUUUUGAAGACAGAGGGGAUGCAGCCAGUGGUCUGGGAUGAGUUGAGGAGGGAAGUGAGGAAUGGGAGAAGGUCUCCAGAGAUGGUCUGGAAAAGGUCUCCAGAGAUGGUCUGGAGAAGGGAGGAGGGGAUGGGGUCGAGCAGGCAGGUUGUCGGGCGGCCAGACCUCACUAGUCGCAGGAUGUCAUCUGGAGAGAGAGGGUAGAAAGAGGUCAAGGUGUGGGGUAGUUCUGUUUGAGUGAGACCAGUCUACUCAAUAGGCUGAGUGAAAGAGGAGCGGAUGUCGUCAACCUUUUUUUCAAAAUGGUUGACAAAGUCGCCCACAGAGAGGGAGGAGGGAGGGGUGGAUUAAGGAGGGAGGAGAAGGUGGAAAAUAGUUUCCUGGGGUUAGAGGCAGAAGCUUGAAAUUUAGAGUGGUAGAAAGUGGCUUUGGCAGUGGAUACAGAGGAAGAGAAGGUAGAGAGGAGGGAGUGAAAGGAUGAUAGGUCCUCCUGAGGUAUAGUUUGCAAAUUCUGCUCAGCUGCCCGCAGCCCUGUUCUGUAAGCUCGCAAUGAGUCACUCAGCCACGGAGAAAGAGGAGAGGGCCGAGCCGGCCGGGAGGAAAGGGGACAGUGCGAGUCAUAGGAUGCGGAAAGGGAGGAGAGUAGGGUCGAAGAGGCAGAAUCAGGAGACAGAAGGGAGAAGGAUUUAGCAGAAGGGAGAGAUGAUAGGAUAGAAGAGGAGAGAGUAGUGGGAGAGAGACAGCAAAGAUUGCAACGGCGCAUGACCAUCUGGGAAGGGACUGAGUGGUUAGGGUUGGAGGAAAGGGAGACAGAAAAGGAAACAAAGUAGUGAUCAGAGACCUGGAGGGGGGUUGCAGUGAGAUUAGUAGGCGAGCAGCCUCUGGUAAAGAUGAGGUCAAGCGUAUUGCCUGCCUUGUGAGUUGGAGGGGAUUGGGAAAGGGUGAGGUCAAAAGAGGCAAGGAGGGGAAAGAGAGAGUUGGAAUGAAAUUAAUCGAAGGCAGACGUCAUUAGGUUUUAGUCGCCAAGUACGAAGAGUGGUGAGCCAUCAUCAGGAAAUUAUCUUAUCAAGGUGUCAAGCUCAUUGAGGAAUUCUCCAAUGGCACCUGGUGGGCGAUAGAUGACAAUAAUGUUAUGCUUGAGUGGACAAGUGACAGCAUGGAAUUCAAAUGAGGAGAUGGACAGGUGAGAGAGGGAGAAAAGAGAAAAUCUCCACUUAGGAGAAAUGAGUAGCCCUGUGCCACCACCACGACGACCAGAUGCUCUCAGACUAUGAGCGAAAACAUUGUCAGAUGAAGAAAGAGCAGCUGGAGUAGCAGUGUUCUUUGGGGUGAUCCAUGUCUCCGUCAGGGCCAGAAAGUCAAGGGACUGAAGGGCAGCAUAGGCUGAGAUUAACUCAGCGUUCUUGACCACAGAUCGGCAGUUCCAAACGCUGCCAGAGACCCGGAAUUAAAAGGGUUGCAGCCAAGGGGUGGGGAGCGUCUGUGAAACCUACAGGGAGAGGUGCGAACAGGUAUAGAAAACACACACAUAGUUGACAAAGUUACAGAAGAGCAAAAUGAGAUAAUCUAUAAAUAACUAGGUAAGAUAUUCAAGUGAGAGAGUGGUGUGGAACCUCCCAUAUUACUGCUGUGUGGUUAUAUAAUAGUCCUGGGCAGCAUGACAGGACAUCAGGCAUUUAGCUACAUAGACAGCAAGGACACAGUGGGGGACUGUAGCUCCGGGAGGAGGGUUGGCCACCCUUAGUCUAGGGGUCCCUAGGGGCUAUUGGUUAAUUUGAGUCAGGACUGCUACUGAGGUUUGUUUUGUGUCUUUAUCUGUCCUCUUCAGGUACUCUGACAGAAAGUUAUGAUGAACUGGGGAACCACUAUCAGCUUCCUGCUUACACUCUAACCCCUCCCGCCAAUCUCAUCACUGAACGCACCAAUGACAGCGAAGCUCCAGAUCAAAAGGAGCAGAAAAAGCCUCCCACCUUUCCCAAAGAGGAGUUCCAGCUGCGAGUUCGCCUCUCAUGCGGUAAGAGAGACACUAUACUAGAGCGGGGCGAUAUGGACAAAAAUUCAUAUUGCGAUAAAUUGCAUGAAUUGAGGCAAAAACAAUAAAUAUAACGAUAAGUUUAUAACAUUAAUGUGCAACACAGUUAUUUUUUUUUCAUUAUCCUUUAAAAUACUACUACUAUUUUGGUGGUUGUAGCCAUCAAGUGUACCAUUAACAAUCACCCGGAUUGGCAAACAUAUUUCAUUUCAAAGGAACAAUAUCAGCAAAAUGCCUGCGAUAAGUGGUCGAUGUCGAUAAUUUCCGGUUUAUCAUCCCAGCUCUACACCCUACCCUUUUUCCGUUGAGUUGCUCCAUCUGCUGAAUUUCUCUCUGGGGAUUCCUCACGGAGAUCUGGAGGGUCAGCACAUGGCUGAUAUUUGGAAAUAGAUUAGACAUCUGUGGUGCAUUCAGUGAGGGCAACAUUCCGAACGUUGCAGGAAGAAAUAUAAUGAAUAGAGUUGACACCAUUCCCCAUUCUUGAACAGACCCUUGAUUGUAGAAGUAAAUUGACCAAUGUCUCUGUCCUCCACAGGUAAGGACCUCCGUAUAAGCGCCUCCAUGUCAAACUCCAUUUCCCAGCUGAAGAGAGUCCUGGAGGGGCAGGAGGACAUUGAAGCGGCCCACCAACGCUGGUUCUUUGCAGGGAAACUGCUCACAGACAAGACCCGACUCAAGGACACCAAGAUACAGAAAGACUUUGUGGUCCAGGUCAUCGUCAACAACUACUCACCAGUUACCAGACUCAUAUCAAAACUGAGGAGAGAGAGAGAAAUGGAGAAAGAGGAGAAGGAUGGAUGGGAGAGUAGGAGGAAAGGAUUGAGAUGA